CAAAAUGGUGGUUAAACAAAACACGAAUCUGUAAUCAAUAAUAUUAUCAACACACUCGUAUCAGUGAAGAUAUGACUGAAAUUUAUAGACUUGAUGAAAAAAAAAAAGAAAAGUAUUAGCAUCGGUUAAUGUUGAUUGAUAAUAUGUUCUGAUUUAAAAUCAUGACACAACAGCUGACACAGUUGAGUGGUGUGAGUCACUUCACCUUCUUCAUAUUUGAUCAUACAGUGUUAAAAAAAGAGGAGGAUGACUUAAAGGAUGCUAUUAUCUACUACUAUCCACCUGUGGAUGCUGAUACACAAUGUGCUCUUGUAGGUCAGCUAAUCGGAAUGGCAGAGUUUUUCCACAACACUAUACCCAGAUCCCUACCAACCCUGUAUAAAUUACAACACCAUAAAUUUGCCUUGAGAAGGAAAGGGGAUUAUACUUUGAGUUUAGGUGCUGAAAAAUCGUUUCCAGAUAGAUGUGUACAAAAUCAGUUGGACUUUCUCCUAGAAACGUUUGUGUUUUACCAGGGUAGUUUAGAUAUUAUGAAAGAAAAUUUAAAGUCUACAUUUGUACCUGAGCUAAAUAGAAUAUGGGAUAUCUAUAUCCGAUUUUGUAAUAAUUUUGGUGAUGUUGUUGGUCAGAUGUUUCAAAUUUUACCCACAGUAGAUCUUCCUCAGACUAGCUCUCAUCUUUUUCUUCACGCAUCUCACAUUUUACAACGGUCUGUGUGUCAUCCUACUGUUCUAGCUGGUGCUAUUUUAUAUCGUAAUCAGUCAUUAUGUACUCAGUUACCUCCAAAAAUAACCAGACAUCUGCUAUUAUUAAAACCUAAACAAUCUCAUUGGUCUAAAUGUAAAAUUAAAAUUGAUUUUGAGUUACCAGAAGGUAUCAGUCUUUUGAAAGUAUAUUUGAGUUUAAAGGAGUAUGAACAGAUUUGUCCAACCCGACGUCCAGAUCAAAGAAGAAAAAGCAAAUCUCAAAAUAAUGCCACAGAUUUAACCAAUUUAAAUAAAAUCAGUGGUGAAUCACUUGAUAUUUCUGGAAUAUCAUUUUUAGAAUGUUCUAGUGGAAAGAUCGCAGAAGGUUUAGAUCAGACUGGAGAAUCAUUUUCUAGUAUUCAAACAACAGAUGAAUCUCAUGCAGACAAGUCAGACAAAGCAUCAAGCGAGGAGACCAACACCAAAAUGGCCUCUACUUCUGUUUGUAAUGUUUCAAAUGUGUCAGCCGAUUUACCCUCUAAUAUGAAAACUGAUCUAGUUACUCAAAUAGUCAAAGAUGAGACUGAUUCUAAAAUAAAUCAACUGGAUGAUAAAGUUGUGCAACAAGAGGUGAUUACUCUAUCACAAAGUCCUGAAGUGAAAAAAAAAGUCUUUAUGGAUACAACUUCAUCCGAGGAAUUGUCAAUAGGUGAAAGUUUUGUAGACACUAAAGCCAUGCGCUCUUGUAGAAAACAUUUCAUACCUAAUAAAUCAGAUCCCAUUACAACAUCAGAAGGCAGUCACGAAACUCCGUCCUCAACUGAUUUUCAGAAAUCUCAGUCAGACAAAGAUAUUAAAGUAGAAGGAACUGAAAUUAGAAAAAGUAAUUCUCCAUCAGCAGUUGUCGACAAGAAUGAGAGUAAAACUCCUUCUCCAUCACCAGUUGUUAGCGAGAAUACCAGUAAAACUCCUUCUCCAUCAGUUGCUGAUGAGAAUGCUAGUAAAACUCAUUCGCCAUCAGCUGUUGGUGAGGAUGCCAAUAGAACUCAUUCUCCAUCAGUUGAUGAAGAGAACGCCAGUAAAACUCAUUCUCCAUCACUCGUUGGUGAGAAUGCUAGUAAAACUCAUUCUCCAUCGCCAGUUGUUGGUGAGAAUGCGAGUAAAACUCAUUCACCAUCGGUUGUUGAAGAGAAUGCUAGUAAAACUCAUUCUCCACCUGCAGUUGUUAACGAGAAUGCUAGUAAAACUCAUUCUCCGCCUGCAGUUGUUGAUGAGAAUGUUGUUCACAUUGUAUUAAAUGUUAAAAAGGAUGAAGAAGAGGAUGAUGAUGAUGUGGACAGUAAACUGCAGAAAAGCAGUGGAAGUUCUAUAGCAUCCGACGAGACAUUUUCGCACAAUCAAGAUACCUUAGGAUUUCUAUCGAAUCCAGAUUCUAUGGCAUCGUUUGAUUCCAUUUCCCCAAUUCCUGCCACCCUAAAAGCUGUGACGUUUUCAUAUCAAUCCCAAACUAGUGAAGAAAUACCACAAAGUUCGGACAAUCAUUUUAGUUCUUCAACUUCCAAUAUUGAUACUUCUGAUAGUGAUGCUAGUCCUUCAUCGUCAGAUGGACUUACAGAGGUUGUCCUGUACGUUCAAGGCCAUUCAGAUAUGAUGUUAUUGAUGUUUUUAGAAAAGGACUCAAAAUGUGAGGAAAAAAAUAUAACAAAUCUGUGGAAAUCAUCAUUAUCACAUUUAGCUGAACUAGAUUUUGAGAUGAAAGAAUGUUUAAAUAAAGCUAAGAAUGAGAGACAGUUAAAAGCACACCAGGGUUACCACUUUUUGAAGUACGAUUCUUUCAUGCAAACACUAGCAGGAAACACAUUAGAUCCUAUAACUAGUAUUGGUUAUGAUUAUGUUAAUACUGCUGGUAAAAUACACGAUAGUUUUACUUCCUCUCAAACUACAAAUGAAGUAUUAUUUAGAACACAUACAGCAUGUUGUUAUGGUUCUAGAACUGUAAGUAAAGAGAGUUUCUUUCAGAUGAAAACUGCUCAACGUCAACCUGGUGGCUGUCCUUCACCAAAAGAUGCUGCCUUCAAGCUUGAUCAAAUAGCUGUUCAAAAACUUCAAAUUAAUCAAGAGACAUGAACAUGAAAAUUGUUCAAAUAGUUAUCAAUAUAUUUUAGACUCUGUUUUAAACAUUGUUUUCACUAUUUAAGGCUAGUUUCCAUGUACAUGUAGUCAUUUUGUGUGCAGUUUCAUCUCAUGCUGACACAAUAUACAUUGUGACAGUUUUUGCUCAAAGAUAUGGGGUUUAAUAAUAAAGUCUCAUCAACAAAAUACUUCAGUUUGACUUUGAGACUAUACACAUAUGGACAUGGAAUUCCCAGGGUAAAAAUUUUGGUAUACACAUAUAACCCGAACAACUAGACAUACUUUUUUCUUUUGUCAGUUGGGCUUGAAAUCAUCAAAGUAAAGGUUCUUCUGCUUGGAAAGCCUUUGUCCUAAGGCUAAACUACAUCAGUACGUAACCAAUGUACAUGUCCAAUGGCAAAGUGUGUGAUAUCACGAAGGUCAAAAUCUUGCAUGCAGUUGAAACACUUACAGACUAUACUAAGACUUCACUGUAAUGGUGAUGUUGGGAGUCAAAUCUGUUCAUAUACUAUGUUACCCCUAUAUUUUGCAUACGUGGGCGACCUUCGGAUGUAGACUAUCGUUGCGACUAUGCUCUUUGUAUGGUAUGGCUAGUCACGACCACAGGUUGAACUAUAGUACGAAAAUCCGUGCAACCGAAGGUCGCCCUGGCAGUCACUAUAAUUCUGGUGAUAUGGAAAAUGGUCUUUUCAUUUUCUAAUUAUAUUUAGUCAGUAUAAAUGGUGGUGUUUCUUUUAUAAAUAUUAUUAUAUCAUAAAUACAUAUAAAUUUAUUAUACAAUAUGCCAAGUUUGAAUAUUUAAGCAACUUAAAUCUGAAGAUUAUAAAAUGUUAUUUUGUUUCGCGUGAGUAAAUUACAUGUAUAGAUCUUUUUACAGUUAUCCCAGCUAUGUUAUAUUUCACCUUAAUUCUUUGUGAAUUAUCAUCCAGUCAAAAACAAAUCUCUAAACCUCUUUUGAUGUUUCUCGAAGAAAUACAAAUAAGCAGUGUUUGCUGUAUUUUUGUAGAUAGAACAUGCCUAUACAUCGCCAAAUUAGUGCAUGGUUGCUUUCAUCAGAUAAUAGACUAGUGCUAUGUAAUCCAUUCUGCAAUGUGGAAGAUCAUUUCAUUAAUGAAUGCUUCAAUAUUUUAAUAUAUAAAUAGACUAUAUAUACUUAGCAUGUGAAUCGCAUAUUUAAACUCAUUUAUUUUUAAAUAUAUGCUGUGAAACUUUAUACAAUUUAUUCAAAUAAAUUUGUGACACGAUUAUUAUGUUUUUAUACUAUUAUAGUCUAUACCUA